AUGGACUCCUUUCCCGAACAUAGCCCCAAGCAGGCCGGCCAGGCAGAGCCCACAAUCGAGGAGAUCAAAGAGUGGAAUGCGGACGAGCUGUUUGAGUGGAUUCAACAGGGCCAAUCAAAACAACUCAAGGUGACAAGCUUGAAAAAUUCAAAGCGGCAGACAUUUCGGGGAAGGUUUUCUUGA